AUUACAAUCCAUCAAAAUUUCGUGUUUGUAAGAAAAUCAGAGUUAUAAAACUUUAAAAUCCCAAGUCCCAAUCUCAAUUACUCAUUCUCAAUAAUAGACACGAUGACAAUGCAGUUUUUUUGUGUUUCGUCAUAAAUUAUUUCACAUAGCGCUACACGGCACGGUUCUAGUGAAUUGUAUAUAAUGUGUUUCUCUAGAACUUCAUGCUCAGUAAUUAAUCGUCGCUGGUAGUCUCGAGUGUUUGUUCACGUUAAAUUUUUAACUGGCCGUUAACCUUGUGGUUUCGAAACUGAAGGCCGCUUAUCGUUUACAAAGUUGUUACUAUUUUAGUCGGUCGCGAUGUUGAAAAGUGCUUCUAAAGUGACAAUAAACACUGGGAACGUGUUAAAUUUGAUAGACAUUAAGAAAAAAGCCGGUCAAAAUGUUACAGAGGAGCUUUCAGAAAGCAUCAAGCUGACACUCUCAGAAUGGGGAUUACAAAAUGGCCUCCCUGUACAAAAUGGCCUUUCCGUACAAAAUGGCAUCGAUGCCAAGGAAGAACUACAUCCGGAGACAUCGCAACAGAACUCCGACUACAAGGUUGUAUCGACGUCACGCGCACCUCAGGAAGCGGUUGUAAACAUAACGAGACCACACGAUGACGUCGUAAACAAAAUGGCGGAGGAAGAGAGGAAGAAUUUGAAGAUCGGCGUCAAAAUCUUCAUCAAUGAGGACAGCACGAGUUCACUCACGGAGUGUUUGGAAAAUGUAUUCGCAGCGUUACACACAGACUGUAUAGACAAUGUGAUACUGUCGUACAACCCAGACACACAGUACAAAGAUGAAACCUCCGACGCCAACAAUCUCAGGAACAACUAUUCCACUAAAGCAUCCCCUAUAUCUUUAGGGAGCAACGUUGAUCGCAUACCCAGCACCGAGGCAGAUGCCGACAGCGAGGCGGACGCGAGGAAAUGCGAGGCGAUCUUGCCCGGGAUGAAAGUGCUUUGGGGGGUACUCGAAGAUUAUGUAAAAAGAGGUCGCGUGCAGCAGCUGGGCGUGGCGGACGCGGGCGGCGUGUGCCUGCGGCGGCUGCACUUGUGGGCGCGCGUGCGGCCCGCCAUCGCGCAGAUCAACCUCGCCUCCUGCUGCGUGGUGCCGCCCGCGCUGCACGCCUUCUGCCGCGCCAACGACGUGCAGCUGCUCACGCACGCCGACCCGCCAGAUCUAUUGUCGGUGGCGGCCGUGAAGACCUUAUCUGAUGCUGGAGUGGGAUGCAACAGCCUCGACUGGUGCGCCAGGUAUCAAGUACACAUCAAGUGUAGGGGAGUUCUAGCACUGAAAGGUUACGUAUGUAAGGGAACACUCAUUGAGAAGGUAAACAAGUGAAUUUCAGUGUGAUAUAUAGCUUUUAUUGCAAGUAAAUAAAGUUCAAAAUAGUUUCAAUAGACUCCUCAUAUUUAUUUUAAUAGCGAAAGUAUUUCCUGCAGUAUUUGACUUACGAAUUUUAAAUAUGAAGAUCAAUAUGGCGGCUUGAUUUCAAUAAUAAAAAACACUAAAAAAGUGGUAGAUGGAUGUAUUUCAAGCAGCAUUAAACAAGAGUAUCUUUUAUAU